CUUUGGUCCCCGGGCUUCCCACUCAUGCUCCAUCCAGGCUAGGUGUCCCCAGCAUCUUGGGACCUGGAUUAGUGUGAGCUGGGGUGGUUCCCUGGCCAGGAGCAUCCUUCCAGCAAGCCCAUGAUGCCCCCGUUUUGCAUCAGGGCCCCCCUCGGAUGCUCUGAGCCGCCCUCCUCAACCCGGAUCUAAAACUCGGGACACAGCUAUCAGGCCAGCCUCUCUCUCCACCCCACCCCCUCUUUCUGGCGCCCAUCCCCUCCCCAGCACCACCUCUGAUGCUGCCUCUGGCUGUGGACCUGCACUUCUUCCCCAUCUCUGCCAGGACUGGGGAGCGGGAUCACUGAGGGUCCCACAACGUGGCCUGGGCUGUGAUUUAUCCUGGGUGAGACAGCUUGAACCCCCUUGCUGGAUUCCAAGACAGCCCUGCUGAGAGAGCCCAGGUACAGCCCAGCAGGACAACUGAUGGAGUCCUCCAGGGUCCAUCAAGUACCAGACUGGCUGGCCCUGUAGGGUUGGGAGCAGCCCCUGCCCCUCAGUAUGGCCAACACCACUGGAGAGCCCGAGGAGGUGAGCGGCACACUGCCUCCACCAUCAGCAUCAGCUUAUGUGAAGAUGGUGCUUCUGGGACUGAUCAUGUGUGUGAGCCUGGUGGGCAAUGCCAUCUUGUCCCUGCUGGUGCUCAAGGAGCGUGCCCUGCACAAGGCUCCUUACUACUUUCUGCUGGACCUGUGCCUGGCUGAUGGCACACGCUCCGCCGUCUGCUUCCCUUUUGUGCUGGCUUCUGUGCGCCACGGCUCCUCAUGGACCUUCAGUGCACUCAGCUGCAAGAUUGUGGCCUUUAUGGCCGUGCUCUUUUGCUUCCAUGCAGCCUUCAUGCUGUUCUGCAUCAGUGUCACCCGCUACAUGGCCAUUGCUCACCACCGCUUCUAUGCCAAGCGCAUGACACUCUGGACAUGUGCAGCUGUCAUUUGCAUGGCCUGGACACUCUCUGUGGCCAUGGCCUUCCCACCCGUCUUCGAUGUGGGCACCUACAAGUUUAUCCGUGAGGAGGACCAGUGCAUCUUUGAGCAUCGCUACUUCAAGGCCAAUGACACGCUGGGCUUCAUGCUUAUGUUGGCUGUGCUCAUGGCAGCCACACAUGCUGUUUAUGGCAAGCUGCUCCUCUUCGAGUAUCGUCACCGUAAGAUGAAGCCAGUGCAGAUGGUGCCAGCUAUCAGCCAGAACUGGACAUUCCAUGGCCCUGGGGCCACAGGCCAGGCUGCUGCCAACUGGAUCGCCGGCUUUGGUCGUGGGCCCAUGCCACCAACUCUGCUGGGUAUCCGGCAGAAUGGGCACGCAGCCAGCCGGAGGCUGCUGGGCAUGGAUGAGGUCAAGGGUGAAAAGCAACUGGGCCGUAUGUUCUACGCAAUCACACUGCUUUUCCUGCUUCUCUGGUCACCCUACAUUGUGGCCUGCUACUGGCGAGUGUUUGUGAAAGCCUGUGCCGUGCCCCACCGUUACCUGGCCACUGCUGUUUGGAUGAGCUUCGCCCAGGCUGCUGUCAACCCAAUCGUCUGCUUCCUGCUCAACAAGGACCUCAAGAAGUGCCUGAGGACUCACGCCCCCUGCUGGGGCACAGGAGGUGCCCCAGCUCCCAGAGAACCCUACUGUGUCAUGUGAAGCAGUCUGAUAGGCAGAUAGGAUGAAGAAGAUCAUAGCCACCAUAAUGGGGCCAACAGAAAGGAAGGGGUGGGCCCCAUACAGGAGCCUCUCUUUCUGAGCUCCAGCCCCAACCCCUCAGACUGCCUGGAAUCUAAACACCUUUGCCAACACCUCCCCAGGGUUGGGGACUGGGAAGGGGACUGGGAAAGAGGUGUUUCUAGUUCUGUGGGGCCUGUUUUUGCCACCUCCUUCUCCCCUUCUACAAUCUCUUCCUUUCCCCUCUCUCAGUCUCUCAAUCUCUCAAUUUCUCUUUCUCUCAAAAGUGACAAUUUAGAGAAAAAGCAAAACUGAAAAUACAGGUUCUAGUAACAGCUGAGGAGACAGGCUUUCCUGCUUUAAUGUCUCUCCUGAAACUGUCCAGAAGGAGGAAAUUUGUCGUGUAAAAUAGACUUCAGAGCUCUUAUUGCCCUCUCUGUUUCCAUGCACACUCCCUCUUCUAAGCCCUUUAGCAAGGCCUGGAUAUUUAGGGAGAAACUGAUCUGCUGACGAGGGAUGAAAGAGGGCGCUGGGUCCCCAUGGAGCAGAGAUUUUUAAUUGCUAUGUUGUAUGCAAUGUUGUUUUAGGCUAACCUUGGUCCCAAGCCUGGUCUCCUCUCUCUCCCCACUGUGCCCAGACCUCCCAGGUGUUUCUUGUGCAUCUGUUUGAGAAGCCAGGAGGGGAGGGAGGACCCCUGAGAUGGGCCCCAACUAGAUUAAGAGCAGGAUGUGAGCUGUACGCCUUGAGCCAAAGAGACCUGAGCUGGGCUGCAUUCUCGGCCCUCAGCUCUUCUUUUUGAGAAUGGAAAUCCACUCCAGCACCACUAGGGCUGAUGUGGGUGCCACAGAGGCAGGAACAUCCCCUCCAGGAGAGUGUAGGGAGAGAGCCAAACUCCCCAGAGUAGAUGGAUCCCGGAGCUGGGGAUCAGAGCAGAAUUCAACCCCAGAAUUGUCUCCUUCGUUCAUGCUGCUCUCUUGGAGAUGAAAAUCCUUUUGGGGCCUUGGCAACUCACAGUGGUAUAAGCUCCAAGGCACUGUGGACUUUAGUCCAUUCCUAUCUGACCUCUUUUUGUCUCCCUCAAGCCUCAGGGGCCUCAAGGACCUCUGUGGAAGCCCUUCUGGGCCCACAGCUCCCAGCAGCCCAUCUCCCCUUCCCUCCCACCACCUUUCCCUCCACCCAAAGUGGAGCACACUGCAGCCAGAUCCUCCAGGUGGGAGGUCCCAAGCCUCCCUCUUGGGGCAGAGUCCAUUCUGGGCCCCUGUCAAGGUCAGUUCCUAUGGACUGCUGAGCCAGGCUGGUGCUCCUUUGCCUGUUCUUGCCCAGGUUCUCCAUCCCCCUCUCAUUUCCCAGGAAAGGAGGAGAUCCUUAUUUAUCCACCCCACUUUCCCUUCCCAAUAGAAGCUCUUGCCCAAAGCUCCAUUCCUACCCCAAGACAGCCCCGGAACUGGGGAAGCCUUGACACAAGAAAAAUGGGGAGGGCGCUCUGGGCAGGAGAGACAGUAAUGAGCCUGGCUGUGGAGUACCCCUGGAAAGGCAGGCCAGAGUGGCUGAGAGGCUGGGGCUGGGGGGUGCCUGUUCUCUCAAUGAUAGUGGUGGAGGGGUGCCUUUCCCAGGGAGUUGGGGGGGAACAACAGGGGUGGGGGUAGAUAGGGUACAUUCAGGAGGGUUUUCCUCCAUUUCCUUUUUCUAACUGCCUGGAUUCACCAUUGGAUUUUGUAAAUGGAAAACAAAUGAACAAUGCUAUAUUGGGUAUUUCCCUUUUCUGACUGUGUGUGUGUGUAUGUGUGUGUAUGUUCAUGUGUCUGUGUCUAUGUGUCCUGUCUGUGUGACCACAGGUGGGGAGGGGAGGUAUGACAGAGUGAGACAGUGUGUAUCUCUUGUGAUUUUGUGUGGAGAGGCACCCUGGCCUAGUGCACACAUGUGAGCAAAUGCCUGUAUGUGGAGACAUGUACAGUGCACAUAACACAUGUAUAUGUCUGCACCUAAUUGAGAGGAGACAAACUAGAGUAUGUUCCUGCUGCGGGAAGUAGAGCCAUCAGAGAGAUGGAAGUUGAAAACCUUAUGUAUGUAUGCAACAAGAGGGUAGACUCCCAUCUCAUAAGAUGUUCCUCUCUUGGCUCAGGCUCUGAACAUGGGGGACAGAACCCUUUGAGAAUCCCAUCUCAUCCCAAACCCUGGUCCCAGGUACCACUCCCAACUCCUGUAUCAGUCUCCUUUACAAAACCCUAUACAAGGUGUUCCUGAAACUGGACCACCAUGGAGAAUGGGGACUGAGAAUUGGAAUCAAACUUGGGGGGAACUGAUGGGGUUAGGAAAUGCCCCCACAAAGUAAUGGCUUCUGAAGGGACUGCUCACUCUGGGAUGGGAGCUCUACUGAGGAGUCCACUGUAUAUAGCUGGGACUUUGGUAGGCUUUGACUAAAUUCAGAGGGAGGGAUAUCACUGGGGGCAAACCCAAGCCUGGGAGUCUAACUCAGACAGCCUGCUCCCUGUGAGCUCAAUUACUUUACAGGGGUGGGGGUAGAUAGGGUACUAUUUACAUAUUCUCUCAGGUGCACAGAAUUAAGUUGACCAUACUCAGUUCUUGGCACACAAUAUCAUCAUUGGUCAAUGCAAGGCCCAUUUAUUCUUUAUUUCAUUUUGUUUUGUCCCCUUCAUUACCCAUCCCUGAUCCCAUCCCCUCUCCCACACAAGCACCCACUCUCGUGUAUUUAACAUACAUCCUUCCAAUCCACCGUUUAUGUAUUUAUUUACAUAUAUGUGUAUCUGUGAAAAAUAUAUGGUAUUGUUAUGUGUUUUAAUUUACAUAAACAGUAUUGUACUAUAAA